AUGCAUGUGGGAUAUACCAAGCAAAGCAUGCCGAAGGAAACACUGGCGAUAACGUUGGCACUAUGUGUUUUGGGGCUAUAUAGCACAUUCUUGACGUGGUCAGUGUUGCAGGAAAGGAUCAACACCAAACCCUAUGGAGCCAACGAGUAUUUCAAAGCACCCUUGAUUGUCAAUAUCGUUCAGGCGUUUCUUGCAUCCAUAGUUGGGUACAUCUACGCUAGAGUCUCCACAGGGUCAUCUCCGUUUGACGCUUUCACCCAGAACGGCAACAAGGGGCUCCACGUGUUUGGCUCAUUGGCACUUGUGUCGCUCUGCUCGAGCGUUUCGUCUCCCAUUGGCUAUAAAUCAUUAGCGCAUUUGGACUACUUGGCGUUUCUUUUGGCCAAGUCGUGCAAGCUUAUCCCCGUCAUGUUUGUGCAUUUCAUGCUUUACAGGACGCGGUUCCCCGUUUACAAAUACGUUGUAGCGGCGCUGGUCACGGUGGGGGUCACCAUGUUUACGCUUGCGCAUACAAAGGAGAAGAAAACGGUCAAUGACGGCAACACGGCGUUGGGGCUCGCAUAUUUGAUCGGGAGCAUGCUCCUCGAUGGACUCACAAACUCAACGCAGGACCAGCUUUUCAAGCUUCCGCUAGCAAAGAAACUCACGGGGGCAAGUCUCAUGUGCACGUUGAAUUUGUUCGUGUUUUUAAUGACGACGACGUAUACGUUGGUGUUCCAGUGCGGCGAGUUCAACGACACGCUUGCGUUUGCAAAGAAAUACCCCGAGCUAGUUUACGAUAUUACGGUAUUUGCAGGAUGCGGCGCCAUUGGCCAGGUUUUCAUCUUUAUCAUUUUGGAAAAGUUCAAUUCCAUAAUUUUGAUCACGGCUACGGUCACGAGAAAGAUGCUCAGUAUGAUUUUGAGUGUUGUUUUGUUUGGCCAUCACCUUAACGUGAGGCAAUGGGCAGGCGUCGGUUUAGUGUUUGGCGGAAUUGGGUUUGAAGCUUUUGUCAAGUUUCAACAGAAGAAGCAGAAAGUAAAGGCGGAGUGA